CUGGACAUGUUACUGGACUCAAAGAGUGUAAAGUCUUAAAUCCAGGAAAGAAACAACAUGAGUCUAACAGCCAAAGACAAGGCGACAGUCCAAGCAUUUUGGGGCAAGAUCGCUGGUAAAGCUGAGGAAAUUGGGGGCGAUGCCCUGUCCAGGAUGCUGGUGGUCUACCCUCAGACCAAGACGUACUUCUCCCACUGGGAUGACCUCAGCCCCGGCUCUGCCCCCGUGAUGAAGCAUGGCAAGACUGUCAUGGACGGUGUUGGCUUUGCAGUCGGUCAGAUCAAUGACCUUACUGCAGGACUUCUUACACUCAGUGAACUGCAUGCUUUUCAGCUGCGUAUUGAUCCAGCCAACUUCAAGCUCCUUUCUCACUGCAUCCUUGUGGUGUUGGCCAUCAAGUUCCCUAAAGAGUUCACCCCAGAAGUCCACGUGUCCAUGGACAAGUUCCUUAGUGCCUUGGCGAUUGCUUUGGCCGAAAAAUACCGAUAAGUCGGCUGUCCAUCCUUUAAACAGACGACAGAGUUUUCGCAUGUAAACUGUCUGUUUGAAUAAUAAAAUAAAAUUACAGCAAUGGUA